AUGUGGGAGGCCAAUCUUGUCUUGGAGGACCUGGUCCAACAACGACGUCUCGUCGCCAGGGCCAAGGAGGCAGCGAAGGCCGGAGGGUUCCUGGAAGGAGGAGACCUCCCACCUAAGGUAUGGAAGAACAACGCACAGUUUGGGGAACUGACGGCAGAAGAGGUCCGUACCAUCCUCAAAGACGACCGGCUAUACGCCCCGAGCGAGGUGGAGGACACCUUCAGUGCCCUCCUGAAGUGGAUCUCUGCAAACAAGGCUGCGAGGAAGGGCUACCUCGCCAAGUUCCUGCCUCUACUGCGCCUCGGACAUUGCAGUGUCUCAGACCUGGAAAAAGUUGCCGUCAACCGAGAAGUCCAACAAGACGCAGAUGCCCUCAAAGUGCUGAAUGCGAUCCACCGGUCACUGACCAGCAACUCUACGGCAGUUGGUGAAGUUGCCGGCGUAGACCUGUCCCAUAGGACAUGGCUGAAGCCUCGCAUUCCCAAGAACGCCAUCUUUGUCUUCGGCGGAUGGACCGAGUUCGCCACCAACCGCUUGCUCACAUAUAACUGCCGCGCCUCCAAGUGGCGUGAUCUGGGCUACCAGUACACACCACGCAGAGCAUACCACGGCUUGGCGGCGGCAGGCCAGUUCGUGUUCGUGGUGGGCGGCUUCAGCGGCCGCGACUGCCACAAUUCCCUCGUGUGCCUCGACGUUGGCCAGGCGAGGUGGAUCGCCAAGGCGAACAUGGCGCUCGCACGCUGCUACCUCAGCGUAUCCGUCCUCCAGGGCUACAUCUACGCAAUGGGUGGCUACGACGGCAUUGAUCGUAUGAGCACGGUCGAGCGAUACAACUUCAACGCGAAUUGCUGGACACAGGUCGCCAACAUGAACGACGUUCGAAGCGACGCCAGCGCCGCAGUGGCUUGUGGGCGCAUCUACAUUGCGGGCGGCUUCACAGGUCGCGCGGUGUUGGACACUGUAGAGUUUUACGACCCGUCGACCGACCUGUGGACCCAAGUGAAGUCCUUGCCCUGGAAGCGCAGUGGCCACAAGAUGCUCGCCCACAACGACAUUAUCUACAUUCUUGGUGGAUUCAACGGCACCACCCGCGUCAACAUUCUGACGCAGUACGACGUGAGGGCAGAUCGGUUCACCAAUUUGCCCACCAUGCCCCAAGCCAAGAGCAACUUUGCAGCCGUCGUACUAGAAGGUUGCAUCUACACCAUAGGCGGCUACGACGGAACGGCCGUUGUACAGAAUGUGGAAAAGUACGACAUCACCUCCCGGAAGUGGAGCAGGGCGGCCCAGAUCAGCGAAAAAUGCAGUGCGGCAGCCGCCUGCGUCGUUGAGGACGUCGUCAACCAAGCAGUGGCCAAAACUGCAGUGGCCAAAGCCCCUAUGCUUGAAGCGCGCAUCGGCGCCAGUGCCACGACCUCGGGUAGAAGUCCGCACUAG